AUGCUGAACCGCUUAAAUCUACUGAAACAGCACCUCCCGUCCUUCAGUCCUUCUCGUCCGACCUCGCUGGCUUCGCCUGCAACUCCGCUCGCUAUGACAUCAGCCGCCCUGAAUUUCACCAAGCCCAUCCACACCGCGGCUGCCCUCAUCAUCGGCGAUGAGGUGCUCGGUGGAAAGACAAUUGAUACCAAUUCCCCCUACCUGGCCAAGUUUUGUUUCGGUCUCGGCAUUCAACUGAAGAGGGUAGAGGUCAUUCCCGACGAUGAGGAGGAUAUCAUGGAGGCAGUCCGCCGCAUGAGUGCCCGCUACGACUUUGUCGUCACUAGUGGAGGCAUUGGUCCAACACACGAUGAUAUAACUUACUCAGCGAUCGCCAAGGCCUUCAAUCUGAAGUUGCAAUUACACCAGGCCGCCUUUGAGCGCAUGAAGAGGCUCUCCAAGCCGCAUCCCAUGCAGCCCAACUUCGACUGGGACACCCCAUCCCCAGGCCUGACAGCUAAGCUGCGCAUGGUGGAGAUGCCAUUUGACGAGAACAUUCCCGCCGAGAACCAAGCCCUCUUCGUCUCGGAGGACCUAUGGGUCCCCAUCUCCGUCGUCAACGGCAACGUACAUAUCCUCCCCGGCGUCCCGCGCCUCUUUGAGCGGCUACUCGACCAGCUGAAGCCGCACCUUAUCCACCGUCUAUCUGAUCCAGAAGGCAAGGGCACUCACCGAUUCCUCUUCAGCACACCUUUGCCCGAGAGUGCGGUUGCGCCGUAUUUGACCGAGCUGGCUGCCAAGGUUGAGCCUAAUGGUAUCAAGGUCGGUAGUUACCCGCGCUGGGGAAAGAAGCGCAACACGGUUACGCUGGUCGGUGCGAAUAAGGAGUAUCUCGAGUCGUUGGUUGCUGAGGUUGAGGCUGCUGUACAGGGUAAGCGUGUUUCGAAGGAGGAUGAGUUGGAUCCUGUUGAUGAGGAGGAUCGUGUUUAUAGCCAGUAG